CGUUCACAUCCGAUUAUUCAGCAUUCCCAAUCAUAAUGUCGUGGCUGUUUAGCGAUCCGACUGCAGAGCUUCAAAAGUCGCUGUUCAACUUGAAGUUUUCAAGCAAGCAGAUGGACAAGUUGUCAAAGAAAUGCGAGAAGGAAAUGGAGGCAAACAAGAUCAAGGUCAAGCAGGCCAUUCAGAAGGGCAACCACGAAGGCGGCCGAAUCUAUGCAGAGAACGCCAUUCGCAAGCGUAACGAAGCAAACAACUUUCUGCGCAUGUCGGCGCGUCUCGACGCAGUGUCACAACGCAUCCAGACAGCUCUGACAAUGAAGCAGGUCACAAAAGAUAUGGGCGGCCUGGUGCGCAAUUUGGACAAGGUCAUGGCCUCAAUGGACCUCGAGAAAAUCUCAAAGGUGAUGGACAAGUUUGAGGAGCAGUUUGCCGAUUUGGACGUGCGCUCGAGCGUCAUGGAGAACUCGAUGGCCGCAGCCACGACGCUACAGACACCAGAGGACCAGGUCGAUGCCCUCAUUCAAAAGGUGGCCGACGAGCACGGCCUCGAAAUCCAGCAGCAGCUCGAUUCGGCAAAGGUCGGCGCGUCCGGCUUGACCGCAGCCCAAGCAGCCUCCCAAGCCGAAGAAGACCAAUUGUCUCACCGGUUGGCGCAAUUGCGUGCCCAACACGCUUCCUAGUAGUUUCGUUUUUGACCUGGUUUGUGUUGUAUUUCCCUGGUUUGUUUUGAGUGAGUUUUUGGGCUUCAACUGGUUCGCAGUGUCGGCGAGUCGUUUUGCUUUUUGUUUGGACACUGUCAGUGGAACUUUGUAUUGCAUCCACCAAUGUAGUAUUCGGCGAGCC